AUGAUUGAGGACAUCGAGUAUAAGCUGGAGGCCGUCAGGGCCACCUCCAUUGCCUCCGAGGACAUUGACAAGACCUUCCGCUCGGGUUCUAUUGAUCUCGUCUCCGGCGCACUAGGGGGUAAAAUCGUAGAUUUUUCGGAUGAGUGGUUCGCAGAGGCCCUUAACCUCCUUACCCCCACGGCCCCCAUACGGCAGCCAGGAAAGAUGGUCUACACGGGCGCUUGGUACGAUGGCUGGGAGACGCGCCGCCACAACACGGAUCCCUUCGACUGGGUCGUCAUUCGUCUCGGCGUAGCCUCAGGAACAGUCGAAGGCGUCGAAGUAGACACUGCCUUCUUCUCCGGGAACCACGCCCCUGCCAUCUCGGUCGAAGGCUGCUUCAGCCAAGACGACGCCGAGGUUCGGUCAUGGAAGGGCACCAAGGGAAAAUGGGAGCCCAUCCUAGGUAUCCAGGAGUGUGGCCCCUCACAGCGGUUUGGUUGGAAGCUCGAUGAGCCAACGAAGAAGCAGUACACCCAUGUUAGGUUGAACAUGUACCCCGACGGCGGCAUUGCGAGGUUCCGGCUCUUCGGCCAUGCAGUACCCGUUUUCCCUGACGACAAGGACGCCAUCUUCGACCUGGGCGCGGCGCAGAAUGGCGCUGUGGCCAUCUCUUGCAGCGACCAGCACUUCGGCACCAAGGAUAACCUCGUCUUGCCGGGUCGGGGCAAGGACAUGGGAGACGGCUGGGAGACGGCACGGUCUCGGACCAAGGGGCAUGUGGAUUGGGCCAUCAUUCGGUUGGGUGCUCCGGCGCUGAUACAGAGCUUUGUGGUGGAUACGGCAUAUUUCAGGGGUAACUUCCCGCAGAUGUCGAGGCUGGAUGCUAUUGAGUGGAAGGGUGAGGGUGAGCCGGGCGCGGAGGCCGAGGGGUGGACGGAAGUUGUGGAGGCGACCAAGUGUGGGCCUGAUCAGGAGCAUACUUGGGCUUGUGCGAUAAAGGAUAAGACGUUUACGCAUGUCAAGCUUACUAUUAUUCCGGAUGGUGGGGUGAAGAGACUACGCGUGUUGGCGAAGAGGGCGCCUACCGCUCGUCCUUUCGCAAUGGAUAUCGGAGACGGCGAUGGUGGGGGUUUCGGCGGCCAGCCUAGGAGGCCGCGAGAACUCCCGCCUGAUCUCCCUAAAUCGUUGGACGACCGCAAGGCCGUUCGCACCGAGUUAGUCCCAGAGACCGAAUAUUACGAUGGCUGGCAAGGUCAAUCUCAAUUUCUAACGAGCCCCAUUCUCGCAAAGCCUUUGCAGUUCAGCGACUUGACCUUAGAUGAUCCCGACUACGACCAACAAGACCUAGCCAAGGGCAUGCCCGAUAGCGAUACCAGACUAAUGGAGAUGCUGGCCGCGCAAGCACAACGACACGGAGGCGCUGGCCUGGGCGAUGCCGACGCGAUAGCUAGUGACGACAAGAUUCCCGAAGAUGAGAAGCACAAGAUGCUACAGAAGUCAUUAGCCAUGGCUGCAAGCAAUGGCGACCUGGAACAUGUGAAGAAAAUCGUCGAGGGCAAGGCCAAGCCCUUCGUAGACGUGAAUGCCCCAGACGAGGAUGGAACUCCGCCCCUGGUCUAUGCGAGCUGCUUUGGUCACGAGAGUGUAGUACAAGCUUUGGUGGAUGCCGGGGUAGAUGUGGACAAGCAAGACCGGAAUCAUUGGAGUGCUCUCAUGUGGGCCAUGACGAAUCGGCACAAAGGUAUCGCCAAGAUACUACUGGAUAAUGGUGCUUCUGCCGAAGCCAAGACAUCUUCAGGCAGGACUGCUUUUGAUUUCGUGCCCCCCGACAGUGAUAUAUCUUUCUACCUACACGACAACGGGUACAACAUUGGGAAUGCCGGGGUCACCGAUGACUUCUACAACCCGGGGUUCUCCCAAGACCGAUUCGAAGAAGAGCUGGCCGAGCAAGAAACGCGGCGGCGGAUGAUGAUGGAAAGUGCGAGGGAUCUUGAAGUCGAUCUGGGCAACGUCGGAAUGGAUGAUCAACCAGAGGCUAUGGAUGAAUUUGAGGAAGAGGGACAGGAAUUUGAUUGGAACCGUUGUUUACACGACCAGAUGUUCGUUUUCCAAGAAAGCGAGCUUGAGAGAAUACUUGACAUUAUCAUCACCAAAAUGACUCCCCAACGGUCACCAUCGCAAAAGCCUGUUCCCGCCAACAUGAUUUUCUUAAGCGCAAGAUAUGCGCAUUACCAUUCCAGCCAUGAGCUGCUCGCCCAACUUCUCAUCCGCGCCCAGGACAAAAUCAACGACGUUGUCGAGGAGCACCAGUGGGAUAUGACAAUUCUCGCUUUUUGGAUGUCUAAUGCGACACUUCUGUUACACUAUCUGAAGAAAGAUGCCGGGCUCGUGGAGGCAACGACAGAGUUCCAAGCUCAGCUGGCCGAACUGGUCAAUGAAAUCUUCAUCCUCAUUGUUCGAGAUGCGGAAAGACGGUUGGACAAGGUCUUGGAACCAGCAAUGCUCGACCACGAAACCAUCCCGGGGUUUGAGGAUGUCACUUUCCAGCACGAAUGGAAAUUGUUCAAGAGGAAAAAGGAGGUGAAAGCAGAGCCGCUAGAGAAGCGUUAUCGACCGCCGUCUCCCAAGCAGAGAGCCAAGCCUGCCCCUCGAAAUGUUACCUCUCUCCUGUCUUCCACCUUGUUCGUUCUAGAUCUGUAUGAUAUCCACUCCGUCAUCACAUCGCAGAUCAUCUCGCAACUCAUAUUCUGGCUCGGCGCGGAAUUGUUCAACCGCAUUAUGGACAACAGAAAAUUCCUUGCUCGAACAAAGGCAAUGCAAAUAAGAAUGAAUAUCUCUGUUCUUGAGGAUUGGGCCAGGACGAACAAUCGCAAGCCCGAACACUACGAGCAUGGAGAGACGAAUGCAAGUGGAGAAACGACUGUCGAGGCCGCACGAAGGCACUUGGCCCCAGUCAUUCAACUGCUGCAAUGGCUACAGUGUUUCUCAUCGCUUGACCCCGAUGAUCUCGAAGCUUUAGUUGGGACACUUCAACAAUUGCCCCGGCUCAAUCCACAACAACUUAUCUACUCGGCCAAGAACUAUCGACCUGAAGUCGGCGAAAAGGGACUACCGAAAAGUGCCUUUAAGUACCUCGAAGCAAUUCAAAGGGAGGCCGCAAUCAAGCGAGAUCGAAGAAAGACCGCGUCCCCUUCGCUAAUCAGUAUGCCGUCAACACCUGUCAAAGGCAUGUCGAAUGGCAACGAACCAGAGGUUGCAACAAGUGUGCAGGGCACACCAAAUCCAGACUACGAAUUUGAUGACGACGUUCCCGAAGGCAUUAACCUUGACCCAUCAGUCAUGCUACCAUUUUCCCUGCCAUCUGUGACGGACAUGCUGGUAUCCUACGGUGCUGGCUUCGGCGGAGUGAACCGCGAGCGGGAAAGGAAAUACAUCCCAACAAUACCCCCUGAAUUCCUUGAGAAGUUGGAAACUGGUGGCUCCAGAGAUGGGCCCAUGUUUGGGGAGAAGGAUUGGGAGAAUGAGGAAGUGUGA